AUUUGGAGUUCGUCUGUUUGUUUUUACCUCAUCCCUCUCCUUUUUUCACUACUACAGUGCUUUUGUGGUUUCUGGUGUUCUUGGUCCCUUGCCUUGUGACAGUGGCGGCUACAAGUCGCUAACAUUCCUCAAACGUCUUGCUGGAUAAAGCCAACUGUUUGCACGAGCUCUUUAAGGAUUCACUGAAACUUUUUCUCUUUGGAUACGAUACUUGUCAUAAAGAAAUACAUAACUUCCAAGAAUCAGUAGAACGAAAUGUCCAUUUAUGUUGAUGAAACAGAUCCCGGAGAAGAUCCUGAAGCAGAUUUUCAACCCAGGAAUGUGAUUGUGAAAAAGGGAAAAGAUGUUAAGACAGACUACAUAUUAAACGAAGAGCUUGGGAGAGGCAAGUUUGGGACAGUACACAGAUGUACAGAAAAAGCAACAGGGAAAGUGUUUGCUGCUAAAUUCAUCACUACAACAAAGCCUCAAGAUCGAAAAGAUGUGGAAAGAGAAGUAGAGAUAAUGGCAGUAUUACAGCAUCCACGGUUGCUACAACUUUAUGAUGCAUUCGACGAUGGGAAGAAGACUAUGUGUUUGAUAUUAGAAAUAAUAGAAGGAGGAGAAUUAUUCGAAAGGGUAAUUGAUGAAGAUUUCGUCCUCACGGAAAAGGCUGUUACUAUAUUUAUGAGGCAAAUAUGUGACGGUGUUCUGUACAUGCAUUCAAAAAAUAUACUACAUUUAGACAUGAAGCCUGAAAACGUAUUGUGCACCAGUCGAACGGGAAACAGAAUUAAACUCAUAGAUUUUGGCUUGGCUAGGAAAUAUGACCCGAAAAAGAAGCUGAAAAUUCUCUUUGGAACUCCAGAGUUCGUGGCUCCAGAGGUCGUAUCCUUUGAGACUAUCAGUUAUCAAACAGACAUGUGGAGCGUAGGAGUCAUAUGUUACGUUUUGUUAUCUGGUUUGUCUCCAUUUAUGGGUGACAGCGACAUGGAAACUAUGGCUAAUGUAACUCGAGCUGAAUGGGAUUUUGAAGAUGAAAGUUUUGAUGACAUUUCUGAUGAUGCGAAGGAUUUCAUUUCAAAACUUUUAGUGAAAGAUCGAUUGCAAAGAAUGGACGCUACACAAGCUUUGCAACAUGCUUGGCUAAGUAGAGACAAAAAGAAGCAAGAGACUACUCUUGACAAAAAGAAAUUAAAGAAAUUCGUUAUCAGAAGGCGUUGGCAGAAAGCCGUCAAUGCUCUCAUUGCUCUCAUUCGAAUGGGUGCUACGAUAUAAUGCUCAGUGGUUAAGGACAAAAGGUUAAUGUCUAUGAAAUAAUUUGAAUAAUUCCUAUCUAAUGGAGAAUGACUGCGACUCAGAAGCUACUCGUUCCCCUCCUCAACUUUCCUUUUUUGCACCAUCAUCUUACCUUGGACAAUAAUGUGCAAAUUGACGAAGGAAUUGCAUAAUUAAACUGCGGACUGAAUUUGAAACAUAAUGGAAGUUUCCAAAAUUGGGAAAAGAACUCUGUAAAUUUUAACUAUCCAUUUCAUUCACUUAUCAAACUAUUUCCCGUAGUAAUAUAUUUUUUAGAUUUAGUGGUACGUAAGCUACAGAAGUAAAUAGCAUCGUAUUUAAUCAUUCAUUAGCUUCUUAAAAUUUCGUUUAAUGAAGUUUUAAAUGCCUGAAAAAUGAAAAAUUUACUUGAUGUCACGUGAACUUUUAUAAAUAAACGCAGCAAGCAAAACUAAAUUUUGUGACUACACAAUAGCAAUAAAGUUUCAUUAUCUCUUGGAGUGCGGGGAAAAUGUGAAAGUGUCCCGGGUUCCUAUUAAUGCCUUUCUCUAAAAUCACGUUCCCAAGAGCCUAUUUCGGCUUCAAUGAAUUCGUGUUUGCGUCUAAUGAAACAACUUUUUCUACUCACGCGGCAAAUAUGUUGAUGCAUAUGACGACAUCAUUAGAAACUUGAAAACCUUUUGAAACGCAUUAUCUGCAAGCACUUUUCUUUCCUUCUUAAUUAGGAUAAUCAGUGUUCAACACAUAUUUGAAAAUGAUUUUUCUUCCUUCUUACCUUUGUGUAUUUCUCAGCCAGUGGGCGGGACGACCUUCGGAAAGUUGAAUUUAUGCUUUACCACGAAAAUUCCAAACUUCAUUUACAUCGAACAGCUUGUUCGGAAUUUCUUUCGGUAGUUUAUAGAUAAGUUAUUAGUUUAAAGUGUCUCUGGAAUAUAUGAUGCACAACAAUUGACUGCUGUCUCGACUUUAUUGGGGUAAAAAUGAUCUACAUCAUGCAUAAAAAAAAUUGUUUUUUAUGCUAUAAACAUUUUGGUUAUGUAUGACUGUGAUUUUGUAUCUGUUUUUGAAAAUAAAGUAUUCGUAAAAAUA